CGCGAUCGCCUCGGCUUCGUGUGGCAAAAUGGAUCUCCAGAGUGUCCUAGAGAAAUGUGGCAACUUCGGGCCCUACCAAGUCCUGCUGCUCGUACUCUAUGGGUACUCGAAUAUUUUGUCAUCGCUGCACUAUUUUUCGCAGUCUAUUAUUAGCUUCACGCCGUCGCACAGAUGCUCUCCACCAAUCGAGGACCUCCCGCGUAAUUCCACAUAUACCACUUCCCUGCUGACCUGCAGUGUUAUGCAAUACGAUGAAGAUCUGUCCUCCUUUCGGGACUACAAGUGCUCCUCUUGGGACUUCGAAAAAGAAAGCAACUACGAGAGCGUAACCACAGAGCUCGAGUGGGUCUGCGACGACGCCUACAAACUGGCAGUGGGCCAGUCAUUUUUCUUCAUUGGAUCGGCCCUGGGCACUAUAUUCUUCGGUUAUUUGGCUGAUCGCAUAGGACGACUGCCUGCCUGCGUCAUAUCGACUUUGACAGGAGCCGCUGGAGACUUCUUCACCGCUUUUGUAGGAAGUCUGCCCUGGUUUUGCUUCACACGCUUUAUUUCCGGUCUUUCAAUGGACACCCAGUAUGUCCUGAUGUACAUUUUAGUUUUCGAGUACCUGAGCCCCCAACACCGCACCUUCGGGCUCAACAUAAUCCUAGGAAUCUUCUAUUGCAUUGGUCUGGUGAUUUCCCCCUGGAUGGCCAUUUGGUUGGGCAACUGGCGGAGUUACCUAUGGGUGGCUUCCCUUCCAGCCCUCGGAACGCUGCUCUUUCCAGUGUUCGUUCAUGAGAGCGCCGAGUGGCUGUUGACCAAGGGGAAGUUCGAAAGGGCAGUUAAGAAUCUAAAAAGCGUCGCCAAGUUCAAUGGACGCCAAGUGGAGGAAUCUGUUUUCGAGGAGUUCAUCAAACACUAUCGAGAGAAACUACAGAAUUCGCAGAAUACAUCUUCAGAUACGUUUAUGGGCAUGUUAAGGACACCGAGGCUGAGAAAGUUCACCAUUAUUCUGUUGAUUAAAUCAAUGAUCGUUGCAAUGGCUUUCGACAUUCUCAGUCGUAACGUGGAAGGCGUGGGCAUAUCGCCCUUUAAGCUCUUCUCCUACUCGGGACUCUGCUACCUGCCCGCUGGUCUCACCAUAAUCCUGUUCCAGAACAAAAUCGGACGAAAGGGCAUGGCCUGUGCCUCGCUUUUUGUGGGUGCCAUAAUCACGGCGACCACCGGUUAUUUAAUAGCCACCCUCGAUCCGGCGGACUACUCCAUUCUCCUGGGAUUCAUGGUAUGCCUGGGGAGGUACGGAGGGGUGGUGGCCUACGAUUCGGAGACCCAGUACGCCGCGGAGAUUAUUCCGACCAGUGUAAGGGGAAGGGGUGUGGCCAACAUCCAUGUGGUGGGCAACGGCUUCGCCUUCUUCAGCUCCUACGUGAUCUACCUGGGAACUUUCUACAGGCCGUUGCCGUCUCUUCUGAUCAGCUUUGUUAUGCUGGUCGGCAGUUGUUUGUGCCUAACUCUUCCGGAAACACUGAACAAAGAACUCCCACAGACUCUCGAGGAGGGCGAGGUAUUUGCCAAGGGCGAGAAAUGGUACUUCUUUCCCUGCUUUUCGCGCAGAAAACGUACAAAUAAGUCUGCACCUCAUUUGGAGUCAGCUAGCGACAUUUCAAAGUAGUUAUAAUAAAAGUGUUAGAUGUUUUAUAAGGCAGAUGACUUGUCAUACAAAAAUAACAAAUAAUAUCAAAACA